CGUUGUGUCACAGUAGUUUGUUGCUAGGCUGCUAGCUAGUGGCCUCCUGAAAUAGUCAUUUUGCCGUUUUUCUCGAAAUCGCAACGCCAUGCAAACACCGUAAUAGUUCGAGGAUGUUAAAUGUCAGCAAGGAUAAUUUAGUGAUUUUAAACAGUCAGUCAGCGGCGGACUUUGUGCUCGGGUUCAACAAACGUCGGAGGGCAACUCAACGACCCACAUCUAGGCGCAAAGUCGUCGCUUGCUAACUUAGCAUCCCCCCCGUUUUCAGGCAUGUCAACAGGUUGCUGCAGCGUUUGUUGGUUACUGCAGAUAUUUUAAAUAUAGGGCAUUACAUGAACGAUAACGGUGUCGUUAAAUUUCAGUGUUGCAUUAGUUAAUGUUGUGUUGCUUCAUAAAGGUGAGACAGUAACUCGGGGCAGUGUAAUCGCCGAACAAGCUGUCAGGAUGGACCUGCAGAGAUCAACGACAUGAGACAGGUAAAUGUUGACAACAAUAUGAAACAUAACUAUGAACUAGAAGGACACAAAAUGGUGGAUGUUUUCCCAUGCACACCCCCAUUCUCAUGACACCAACCAGGAGAUAUGGGCAUCCUAAGACUGGUAGCCAGAAUCAUGGGUAGGAUCAGUACUUUCAGGUCCUAUCAGUUUGUGCUUCUCCUGGCUGCUGCGCUUGCUGUUGUAGCUUUUUACUACUUUGGCUCAGAGAGGCAGAACUUCUCCAGCACCACGAAGAGGAUCAAGCAGACCCAGGCCAGCCACAACACCAACAGAAACGAUGCCGACCUAACUGUGGACACCGUACUCUCGCACCCAGCUGGAUCUGAGGAGCAAGGAGGGGAAGAGCUGGACGUAGGCGGAGAGAGCGAGGGAUUUAGGUCCACGACAGGGAACGGUGAUGCUGGUGACCAUCGCUACCACGCGCUCAUGAUGUUCACUAAGGUGGACAAGAGCCGGAGCCUGCAGGACAAGUUCAGGGUGGCCAUGUUGUCUAUGGUUAAGCACGGACGCUUCCUGGAAGGUGAGGUGUUGGUCCUUCAUUUUGUGAGCGACGAAGCCAGCAAAGAACUGGGAGAGAGGAUGCUGCAGGAAUUCCUUCUUGAUGCAACGUUCAAGUACGAGGUGUCGUUCCAUGACGUGGCGGCUCUCACACAGAAGCUGUUUCCUAUCGUGGAGGCCAUGCAGAAGCACUUCAGCGCUGGCUCUGGGGCUUACUACAGCGAUGCCAUCUUCUUCCUGUCUGUUGCCAUGCAUCACAUCAUGCCUGAAAGUCUGACACGCAUAGUACAGCUUGACCUGGACCUGAAAUACAGGACGAACAUCAGGGACCUUUUCCAAGAAUUUGACCAUUUUCCUCCAGGAGCCGUAAUAGGCAUCACCAGAGAGAUGCAGCCAGUCUACAGACACACGUUCUGGCAGUAUCGUAAGGAGAACCCUCAGACCAGAGUUGGUGAACCUCCUCCUGAUGGCCUCCCAGGCUUCAACAGCGGUGUUAUGUUAUUGGACCUUGGUGCUAUGAGGGCCUCAGCUCUCUACAAUCAACUGUUGGAGCCAAGCAAUGUGGCCAAACUAGCAGACCAGUAUCGCUUCAGGGGCCACCUGGGUGACCAGGACUUCUUCACCAUGAUUGGCAUGGAGCAUCCUGAGCUGUUUUAUUCCCUAGCCUGUGGCUGGAACCGGCAGCUGUGCACCUGGUGGAGGGACCACGGAUACGGAGAAGUGUUUCAGUUGUAUUAUCGAUGUGGUGGACCCAUCUAUAUCUACCAUGGGAACUGUAACUCCCCUAUACCCGAUGACUGAUGUAUGUACUGGACCGAUGCUGGAACUAAAAAGGAGUCUAUGACAUCUACAAUACAGUUAGAGAAAUAUUUGUCCUGCUUUGUCGGAGGGAGGAUUGUGACUUUCUUUCUUGACCACUGUACCGACCAUGUAGUCAAAGACUCUGCCCCCUGCUGGUCAAGGGGCUGCUGAAGGGACCACCUAUACAAAGUUCCUACAAAUGCGGUGCUCAUCUGUGUCAUUAUAGAAUAAACUGUGGCUUUCAGGCCAAAAACAGCCCUGCCUCACAGCAGUGCAAGAAGCUGCAUAGUGGGGGCGUGUUUCUUCAGGUACCGAGAUGAUCGAAAGAAGAAAUAUGAUCUCUGAAAUUCAGUGUGAGUGACAGAUCCAUGAAUUUGAAUACUUUAGAUAAGAAAUAUGCUGUGCACGUUACUAAGUGAUCUACCAGGAACCUGUAUUCGAUUGGCCAUCCCUGCUGGAUGAUACAUUGUGUUGCAGCAAAAGCUCAACUUUUUGCAGGUGGCCUCUGUGUCUUGAUCGGGGCUAAUGUCAGUAUGAAUUUACCCUAAUGCAUAAUGCCUAAUGCACAUCCUCAAGGUCAAUGUCAAGUAAUUUGUCUUUUUAAAUUUGUUUUGAGGAAAAUCUAAAAGACCACUAUCCCUUACACAAAGCGGUGCAAGGAAAUCAUGUCGUUAACAAAUGUUACUGCAAUGAACUUAGGGUCAGCAAACGUGUUAAGUAGCAUCUAUAAACACAGAGUCUCGUACCUUUUUCCACUUCCUUCGUUCUGCUCAGUCUGUGUCCAGCACCUCAAGCUUUACAUCAGGUUCACCUAGCGUGACCUUAUCUUCCUGCAACACCUCACCGGGUGAGGGCCAAUCUGGUGCUGUUCACCUCUGUGGCUUGUAGAAGAACGAACCAGGUUUCUUUGUUGGACCCCCUCUUUCCGGAGCCACGUGGGUGCAGGGCACAACACACUGCCACAGUUCCUUUUAAAUAUAUCUUUCUGCAGAUAGGAAGACGGGGGGGGGGAAAUCACAUCAGAGGGUGGAGAGGGCGUCGAAGAGAUAGCGGUUAACAAUGAUGGCACUGAUGGCUGUUGUUCGUGCCCUGCAUUUGCAGUUUAUCUGAGGCCAAACACACGUUUCAGAAGGAGUGAAGUAGCCGGGAACGUGACUGCAGACACUGACCCACUUUUGAGUUUUCUCGCUGUGCUCACCGAACUGACACUCAGAUUAAAAGAAAUGUCAGCACUCAAUAUUCAUCAGUCAGGAAACUGUCUGAGGUGAUGCACACUUUAACGCACACACACACAGUGAGAGUGAGGCGGCUGAAUGCCGUGGACCAUCAAUGGAGUCAAUGAAAAGGCUACUGAAGACACUUGAGAAUUAACAUUAUUCCAAAUCGAUACACUUCCCUUGAACUCUCCCUGAAGCUGAUCAAUAUUUUUCCGGCUUCUUUGAGAGCAAAACUCUUUAUUCUCUAUUGCUCUAAAAACACAUUGUUAGCAAGAAAAAGAACCAUUGAAUCAAAGUAUAUACUGAAAAGAAAAAUAAGUUCCUGAUUGCACUUUACAACUUUCCAACAAAUGCUUCAUCAUCAAGGAUUUUGUUGACAGGACGUUGGUUUGAUUUAUUUUACUGAAUUAAUUAUUAUUUGAUCUUUGUUUUUAAAGAGCAUACCAAUGGUUUUGUACACUUUGGCCCAUUAACUAUAAAUUUAUAUCUGUAGUUUUUGAUUGAUUUACUAAUCUUUAGGCUGCAAUAGAUUCCCAUUUCUUUCAAUGGAUUAUGAAAAGUCCAGAUACUAUAAAUUGCUUGUAAUUCAUCACAGUGAUCACUUCUUUGUUUUUUGUUUUUUGUCAGAGUACAUAAUUAUGUAGCCUUGCGAUGUCAAGUGGGACAUUUAAAAAUUCUUCAUCGUAGUGCAUUCAAGGAUACUUCAGUGUCCCAGAUAAUUACCUGCUGAACAGAACAUUGCAUGUUAAUCAUGUUGAAAAAUCAAACCUAAAGAGUUAAAACAAUAUGCAGACACGGGCACUGAGAUAAGGACUGAUAAACUCAAUCAUUCCUUCCAUGAAAUCUUUCUGUAAAGUUUCCUGGAAAUACCUAUGUGAUUUGUUAAUAAUAUGGAAAAUAAUAAUUAAAUAAAUAAUUGAAAGAGCUGCUCUAUUUAAAUCAAAGUAAAUAUUCAUUCAUUGUUCAUUUAGCUUUGGAAAGUUUAUUCUUUAUAUAUGUUGAAUUGUAUUCUGGCCUGUAGAUACAUUUCCUAUGUUUGCAUAUUCAGCUGUGCACUGACUAAAAGACUCUUUGGUUUAUCAGACAACAAAAAUAUAUUCCAUAUUUUCAUCUGCUGAAGCAACGUGCCAAACGCGUAGUUCGCUCCUUUUUGUUUUUGUUUUUAAUGUAAUAAAAUGGUGUCAAUCCUAAUGUCCUGGUGUGCGCUGGAAUAUGUUCUUGUUGUCUGGUUUACUUCGGUCUACUUUGGUUUGCUCUGAACCGGCUGGCACCCAGAAGAGAAGCACUGCUGUGCGUGCGGUACUUUCUACUUUUUGGACAACACUCUGGGUUAUGCUAACAAUUGAUAAGUAUUAUUAAUUGUGUGUACCAUUUUAACACUUUCUGUAUUUUCCCUGUAAUACUAUCAAAUUACAUCCCUGUAGUUCUUUCCAAGAACCUGCUUUGAAAUAAUUUGUAAAAAUACUUACUUUACCACUUUCAAACACGCUGUGUAUAACAUGGGGUGUUGAAAAUAGCUGGAGAUUAAAGAUGGUGUAUAGUGAGAAUGAUCUGGUUUAACUUGAUAAAUGUGAUAAUGGUAGUAGCCCAUGUUCACUGUCUGACAACACUUUUCCCACUUUGUUGCUUCAGUGUGAAAGGGGUAAAUGGCUGUUCUGUGUCAUUAAAUUGUGCAAUCAUAAUUCAAAGAGCUAACAGAUGUUUGCCAUUAAAUGUUUAAUAAAUGUUUCAUAUCUCACUUAGAAAUCACUUAAAAGUUUAGAAAGCUGCUGUGGUCAGUGUUAAAGACUCAAGUUGACAUGUUUCUCUUAGUGACAUGAUGAAAGCAAAUGUGAACGCAGCUUUACAUGAAGCCAAACAUUUUUUUAAAUUCUCUUUUGAACGAAUGUUAAAACUCACUAACCAUUCAGAAAUGAGCUUCCUUUGACAUAAAUACUGUAAACAUCUCAUUUUGUUUAGAAAUGUUGUUUCUUUUGUGUGUUCAGCUUUCCUAAAUAAAUUAUAUGAUAACUUUA